CCUUUGCCUCCAGGCCUCAUCUUUUGAAGGAGAUGGACACCGACCUAAAUGACAGACACAAAUUCCAGAGCACUGAGCUGUCUAACAGCUCCAGACCUCUCGGCCCUGAGUGAGGCGAGGACCCUGUUCGUGGAUGUGGAGGAGCGCGGGCCGGAGGCCAUGGACGUGAAGGAGAGGAAGCCGUACCGCUCGCUGACCCGGCGCCGAGACGCCGAGCGCCGCUAUACCAGCUCGUCGGCGGACAGCGAGGAGGGCAAGGCCCCGCAGAAGUCCUACAGCUCCAGCGAGACCCUCAAGGCCUACGACCAGGACGCCCGCCUGGCCUAUGGCGGCCGCGUCAAGGACGUGGUGCCGCAGGAGGCCGAAGAGUUCUGCCGCGCAGGAGCUAACUUCACCCUGCGUGAGCUGGGGCUGGGGGAGGUGACGCCGCCUCACGGGACCCUGUACCGGACAGACAUUGGCCUCCCCCACUGCGGCUACUCCCUGGGGGCCAGCUCUGAUGCCGAAGUGGAGGCAGACACCGUGCUGUCCCCUGAGCACCCCGUGCGGCUCUGGGGCCGGAGCACACGGUCGGGGCGCAGCUCCUGCCUGUCCAGCCGGGCCAACUCCAACCUCACGCUCACCGACACCGAGCACGAGAACACUGAGACCGGUGCUCCCUUGCAUUGUUCAUCCGCUUCAUCAACCCCUAUUGAGCAGUCCCCCUCCCCGCCCCCCUCCCCUCCGCCCAAUGAGAGCCAGAGGCGGUUGCUAGGCAACGGUGUGGCCCAGCCAACCCCGGACUCAGACUCUGAGGAAGAGUUUGUCCCUAAUUCAUUCUUAGUUAAAAGUGGCUCCGUCAGCCUGGGGGUCGCUGCGAACGAUCACCCGGGCGGCCCGCAGAACCAGUCGCGGCUCCGGACGCCGCCGCCGCCGCUCUCGCACGCCCACACCCCCACCCAGCACCACGCGGCCUCCGUUAACUCCCUGAACCGGGGCAACUUCACGCCGAGGAGCAACCCCAGCCCGGCGCCCACGGACCACUCGCUCUCCGGAGAGCCCCCUGCCGGCGGCGCCCAGGAGCCGGCCCACGCCCAGGACAACUGGCUGCUCAACAGCAACAUCCCUCUGGAGACCAGAAACCUAGGCAAGCAGCCAUUCCUAGGGACAUUGCAGGACAACCUCAUUGAGAUGGACAUUCUCAGCGCCUCCCGCCAUGAUGGGGCUUACAGUGACGGGCACUUCCUCUUCAAGCCGGGAGGCACCUCCCCGCUCUUCUGCACCACAUCACCAGGGUACCCUCUGACAUCCAGCACAGUGUACUCACCUCCACCCCGGCCCCUGCCCCGCAGCACCUUCGCCCGGCCGGCCUUCAACCUCAAGAAGCCCUCCAAGUACUGUAACUGGAAGUGCGCAGCCCUGAGCGCCAUCGUCAUCUCAGCCACGCUGGUCAUACUGCUGGCAUACUUUGUGGCCAUGCACCUGUUUGGCCUAAACUGGCACCUGCAGCCGAUGGAGGGGCAGAUGUAUGAGAUCACGGAGGACACAGCCAGCAGUUGGCCUGUGCCAACGGACGUCUCCCUGUAUCCCUCAGGGGGCACUGGGUUAGAGAUCCCUGACAGGAAAGGCAAAGGAGCCACAGAAGGAAAGCCCAUUAGUUUCUUUCCAGAGGACAGUUUUAUAGACUCUGGAGAAAUUGACGUGGGGAGACGGGCUUCCCAGAAGAUUCCUCCUGGCACUUUCUGGAGAUCUCAGGUGUUCAUAGACCAUCCUGUGCAUCUGAAAUUCAAUGUGUCUCUGGGAAAGGCGGCUCUGGUUGGCAUUUAUGGCAGAAAAGGCCUUCCUCCUUCACAUACACAGUUUGACUUUGUGGAGCUGCUGGAUGGAAGGAGGCUCCUGACCCAGGAGGCACGGAGCCUGGAGGGCCCCCAGCGCCAGUCUCGGGGAGUCGUCCCCUCCUCUAGCCACGAGACCGGCUUCAUCCAGUAUUUGGAUUCAGGAAUCUGGCACCUGGCUUUUUACAAUGAUGGAAAGGAGUCGGAAGUGGUUUCUUUUCUCACCACUACCAUUGAAUCCAUGGAUAACUGCCCCAGCAACUGCUAUGGCAACGGCGACUGCGUCUCUGGGACCUGCCACUGCUUCCUGGGCUUCCUGGGCCCUGACUGCGGCAGAGCCUCCUGCCCUGUGCUCUGUAGUGGGAAUGGCCAGUACAUGAAGGGCAGGUGCCUGUGCCACAGCGGCUGGAAGGGCGCGGAGUGCGACGUGCCCACCAGCCAGUGCAUCGAUGUGGCCUGCAGCAACCAUGGCACCUGCAUCACGGGCACCUGCAUCUGCAACCCUGGCUACAAGGGCGAGAAUUGCGAGGAAGUGGACUGCAUGGACCCCACAUGUUCUGGCCGAGGUGUCUGUGUGAGAGGCGAGUGCCACUGCUCUGUGGGAUGGGGGGGCGCCAACUGUGAGACACCCAGGGCCACAUGCUUGGACCAGUGUUCGGGCCAUGGAACCUUCCUCCCAGACACCGGACUUUGCACCUGUGACCCAAGCUGGACUGGACAUGACUGUUCUAUCGAGAUCUGUGCUGCUGACUGCGGUGGCCACGGCGUCUGCGUGGGGGGCACCUGCCGCUGCGAGGAUGGCUGGACGGGGGCAGCCUGCGACCAGCGGGCCUGCCACCCGCGCUGUGCUGAGCAUGGGACCUGCCGCGACGGCAAGUGCGAGUGCAGCCCCGGCUGGAAUGGCGAGCACUGCACCAUCGAGGGUUGCCCUGGGUUGUGCAAUGGCAACGGCAGAUGUACCUUGGACCUGAAUGGGUGGCACUGCGUCUGUCAGCUGGGCUGGAGAGGAGCUGGCUGUGACACGUCCAUGGAAACCGCCUGUGGUGACAGCAAGGACAAUGAUGGAGAUGGCUUGGUGGACUGCAUGGACCCCGACUGCUGCCUCCAGCCCCUCUGUCAUGUCAGCCCGCUGUGCCUGGGCUCCCCCGACCCUCUGGACAUCAUCCAGGAGACACAGGCGCCCGUGUCCCAGCAGAACCUGCAAUCCUUCUACGACCGCAUCAAGUUCCUUGUGGGCAGGGACAGCACACACAUCAUCCCCGGGGAGAACCCCUUUGACAGAGGGCAUGCAUGUGUCAUUCGUGGUCAAGUGAUGACAUCAGAUGGGACCCCGCUGGUUGGUGUGAACAUCAGUUUCGUCAAUAACCCUCUCUUUGGAUACACGAUCAGCAGGCAAGAUGGCAGCUUUGACUUGGUCACAAAUGGCGGCAUCUCCAUCAUCCUGCGUUUCGAGCGGGCACCUUUCAUCACACAGGAGCACACCCUCUGGCUGCCUUGGGACCGCUUCUUUGUCAUGGAAACCAUCAUCAUGAGACAUGAGGAGAAUGAGAUCCCCAGCUGUGACCUGAGCAACUUCGCCCGCCCCAACCCUGUCGUGUCUCCAUCCCCACUGACAUCCUUCGCCAGCUCCUGUGCAGAGAAAGGCCCCAUCGUUCCGGAAAUUCAGGCUUUGCAGGAGGAAAUCUCCAUCUCUGGCUGCAAGAUGAAGCUGAGCUACCUGAGCAGCCGUACCCCUGGCUACAAAUCUGUCCUGAGGAUCAGCCUCACCCACCCUACCAUCCCCUUCAACCUCAUGAAGGUCCACCUCAUGGUGGCAGUUGAGGGGCGCCUCUUCAGGAAGUGGUUUGCUGCAGCCCCAGACUUGUCCUAUUAUUUCAUCUGGGACAAGACAGACGUCUACAACCAGAAGGUGUUUGGGCUCUCAGAAGCCUUCGUUUCUGUGGGCUAUGAGUAUGAGUCCUGCCCAGAUCUGAUCCUGUGGGAAAAAAGAACAGCAGUGCUACAGGGCUAUGAAAUUGAUGCUUCCAAACUGGGAGGAUGGAGCCUGGACAAACAUCAUGCCCUCAACAUCCAAAGUGGCAUCUUGCACAAAGGGAAUGGGGAGAACCAGUUCGUGUCUCAGCAGCCACCUGUCAUCGGGAGCAUCAUGGGCAAUGGGCGCCGGAGAAGCAUCUCCUGCCCCAGCUGCAAUGGCCUUGCUGACGGCAAUAAGCUCCUGGCCCCCGUGGCCCUCACUUGUGGCUCCGACGGGAGCCUCUAUGUGGGAGAUUUCAACUACAUCCGAAGGAUCUUCCCCUCUGGGAACGUCACCAACAUCCUGGAGUUGAGUCACAGUCCAGCACAUAAAUACUACCUGACGACAGACCCCAUGAGCGGGGCCGUCUUCCUUUCUGACACCAAUAGCCGGCGGGUCUUUAAGAUGAAGUCCACCGUGGUGGUGAAGGACCUUGUCAAGAACUCUGAGGUGGUCGCGGGGACAGGUGACCAGUGCCUCCCCUUUGAUGACACUCGCUGCGGGGAUGGUGGGAAGGCCACCGAAGCCACACUUACCAACCCCAGGGGCAUCACAGUGGACAAGUCGGGGCAGAUUUACUUCGUGGAUGGCACCAUGAUCAGACGCAUUGAUCAGAAUGGGGUCAUCUCCACCCUGCUGGGCUCCAAUGAUCUCACCUCGGCCCGGCCCCUCAGCUGUGAUUCUGUCAUGGAUAUUUCUCAGGUUCGCCUGGAGUGGCCCACAGACUUAGCCAUCAAUCCAAUGGACAACUCCCUCUAUGUCCUCGACAACAAUGUGGUCCUGCAAAUCUCUGAAAACCACCAGGUGCGCAUUGUCGCUGGGAGGCCCAUGCACUGCCAGGUCCCUGGCAUUGACCACUUCCUGCUGAGCAAGGUGGCCAUCCAUGCAACCCUGGAGUCAGCCACUGCCUUGGCUGUCUCUCACAAUGGGGUCCUGUACAUCGCUGAGACUGAUGAAAAGAAGAUCAACCGUAUAAGGCAGGUCACCACUAGUGGAGAGAUCUCACUAGUGGCUGGGGCACCCAGUGUCUGUGACUGUAAAAAUGAUGCCAACUGUGAUUGUUUCUCUGGGGAUGAUGGUUAUGCCAAGGAUGCAAAGCUGAAUACCCCAUCUUCCUUGGCUGUGUGUGCUGAUGGGGAGCUCUACGUGGCUGACCUUGGGAAUAUCCGAAUUCGGUUUAUCAGGAAGAACAAGCCUUUCCUCAACACCCAGAACAUGUAUGAGCUGUCCUCACCAAUCGACCAGGAGCUCUACCUAUUUGAUACCAGUGGCAAGCAUCUGUAUACCCAAAGCCUGCCCACAGGAGAUUACCUGUACAACUUUACCUACACUGGAGAUGGCGACAUCACACUCAUCACAGACAACAACGGCAACAUGGUGAACGUCCGCCGAGACUCUACCGGGAUGCCCCUCUGGCUGGUGGUCCCAGAUGGCCAGGUGUACUGGGUGACUAUGGGCACCAACAGUGCACUCAAGAGUGUGACCACACAAGGACACGAGUUGGCCAUGAUGACGUACCAUGGCAACUCUGGACUUCUGGCAACCAAAAGCAAUGAAAAUGGAUGGACAACAUUUUACGAGUAUGACAGCUUUGGCCGCCUGACAAAUGUGACCUUCCCUACUGGCCAGGUGAGCAGUUUCCGAAGUGACACAGACAGCUCAGUGCAUGUCCAGGUAGAGACCUCCAGCAAGGAUGAUGUCACCAUAACCACCAACCUGUCUGCCUCAGGUGCCUUCUAUACACUGCUGCAAGACCAGGUCCGGAACAGCUACUACAUCGGGGCCGACGGCUCCCUGCGGCUGCUGCUGGCCAACGGCAUGGAAGUGGCGCUGCAGACCGAACCCCACCUGCUGGCCGGGACUGUCAACCCCACCGUGGGCAAGAGGAACGUCACGCUGCCCAUCGACAACGGCCUCAACCUGGUGGAGUGGCGGCAGCGCAAGGAGCAGGCUCGGGGCCAGGUCACCGUCUUUGGGCGCCGGCUGCGGGUUCACAACCGGAACCUCCUGUCUCUGGACUUUGACCGUGUGACACGCACGGAGAAGAUCUAUGAUGACCACCGCAAGUUCACCCUCCGGAUCUUGUAUGACCAGGCGGGGCGGCCCAGCCUCUGGUCACCCAGCAGCAGGCUGAAUGGCGUCAACGUGACGUACUCCCCAGGGGGCCACAUUGCCGGCAUCCAGAGGGGCAUCAUGUCUGAGAGAAUGGAAUAUGACCAGGCAGGUCGCAUCACGUCCAGGAUCUUUGCUGACGGGAAGACAUGGAGCUACACGUACUUAGAGAAGUCCAUGGUGCUGCUCCUCCACAGCCAGAGGCAGUAUAUCUUUGAGUUCGACAAGAACGACCGUCUGUCUUCUGUGACGAUGCCCAACGUGGCCCGGCAGACACUGGAGACCAUUCGCUCAGUGGGCUACUACAGGAAUAUCUACCAGCCCCCCGAGGGCAAUGCCUCAGUCAUCCAGGACUUCACUGAGGAUGGGCACCUCCUCCACACCUUCUACCUGGGCACUGGCCGCAGGGUGAUAUAUAAGUAUGGCAAGCUGUCGAAGCUAGCCGAGAUGCUAUACGACACCACCAAGGUGAGCUUCACUUAUGACGAGACAGCAGGCAUGCUGAAGACCAUCAACCUGCAGAAUGAGGGCUUUACCUGCACCAUCCGCUACCGUCAAAUUGGGCCCCUGAUCGACCGCCAGAUCUUCCGCUUCACCGAGGAAGGCAUGGUCAAUGCUCGUUUUGACUACAACUAUGACAACAGUUUCCGGGUGACCAGCAUGCAGGCCGUGAUCAACGAGACCCCGCUGCCCAUCGAUCUCUAUCGCUAUGACGAUGUAUCAGGCAAGACAGAGCAGUUCGGGAAGUUUGGUGUCAUCUACUAUGACAUUAACCAGAUCAUCACCACGGCGGUCAUGACCCACACCAAGCACUUUGACGCAUAUGGCCGGAUGAAGGAAGUGCAGUAUGAGAUUUUCCGCUCGCUCAUGUACUGGAUGACCGUCCAGUAUGAUAACAUGGGGCGAGUAGUGAAGAAGGAGCUGAAGGUGGGACCCUAUGCCAACACCACCCGCUACUCUUACGAGUACGACGCUGACGGCCAGCUGCAGACGGUCUCCAUCAAUGACAAGCCACUCUGGCGAUACAGCUAUGACCUCAAUGGGAACCUGCACUUACUGAGCCCUGGGAACAGUGCCCGGCUCACCCCACUAAGGUACGACCUCCGCGACCGCAUCACUAGGCUGGGUGACGUGCAAUACAAGAUGGACGAGGAUGGCUUCCUGAGGCAGCGCGGCAGUGAUGUCUUUGAGUACAACUCAGCUGGCCUGCUCAUCAAGGCCUACAACCGAGCUGGUGGCUGGAGCGUCAGGUACCGCUACGAUGGCCUGGGGCGGCGGGUGUCCAGCAAGAGCAGCCACAGCCACCACCUGCAGUUCUUCUAUGCAGACCUGACCAACCCCACCAAGGUCACCCACCUCUAUAACCACUCCAGCUCUGAGAUCACAUCCCUCUACUACGACCUGCAAGGACACCUUUUUGCCAUGGAGCUGAGCAGUGGUGAUGAGUUUUACAUAGCUUGUGACAACAUUGGGACUCCUCUUGCUGUCUUCAGUGGAACAGGCUUGAUGAUCAAGCAGAUCCUGUACACAGCCUAUGGGGAGAUCUACAUGGACACCAACCCCAACUUCCAGAUCAUCAUUGGCUACCAUGGUGGCCUCUAUGAUCCACUCACCAAGCUUGUCCACAUGGGGCGACGGGAUUAUGAUGUGUUGGCUGGUCGCUGGACUAGCCCAGACCAUGAGUUGUGGAAGCAUCUUAGUAGCAGCAACAUCAUGCCUUUUAAUCUCUAUAUGUUUAAAAACAACAACCCCAUCAGCAACUCUCAGGACAUCAAGUGCUUCAUGACAGAUGUCAACAGCUGGCUCCUCACCUUUGGAUUCCAGCUGCACAAUGUGAUUCCUGGCUAUGCCAAGCCAGACACGGAUGCCAUGGAACCAUCCUACGAGCUCGUCCACACACAGAUGAAAACUCAGGAGUGGGACAACAGCAAGUCUAUCCUCGGGGUACAGUGUGAAGUGCAGAAACAGCUCAAGGCCUUCGUCACCCUAGAACGUUUCGACCAGCUCUAUGGCUCCACAAUCACCAGCUGCCAGCAGGCCCUAGAGACAAAGAAGUUUGCAUCCAGUGGCUCAGUCUUUGGCAAGGGGGUCAAGUUUGCCUUGAAGGAUGGCCGAGUGACCACAGACAUCAUCAGUGUGGCCAACGAGGAUGGGCGGAGGGUUGCUGCCAUCUUGAACAAUGCCCACUACCUAGAGAACCUGCACUUCACCAUUGACGGGGUGGACACCCACUACUUUGUGAAACCAGGGCCUUCAGAAGGCGACCUGGCCAUCCUGGGCCUCAGUGGGGGGCGGCGAACUCUGGAGAAUGGGGUCAACGUCACCGUGUCCCAGAUCAACACGAUGCUCAAUGGCAGGACUAGACGCUACACAGACAUCCAGCUCCAGUACGGGGCCCUGUGCUUGAACACUCGCUACGGGACGACGUUGGACGAGGAGAAGGCACGGGUGCUGGAGCUGGCCCGGCAGAGAGCCGUGCGCCAGGCGUGGGCCCGCGAGCAGCAGCGACUGCGGGAAGGGGAGGAAGGCCUGCGGGCCUGGACAGAGGGGGAGAAGCAGCAGGCGCUGAACACAGGGCGAGUUCAAGGCUACGAUGGCUUCUUCGUGAUCUCCGUCGAGCAGUACCCAGAACUGUCAGACAGCGCCAACAACAUCCACUUCAUGAGACAGAGCGAGAUGGGCCGAAGGUGACAGAGAGGACCACGGCCUGGACUUCUUGCCAAAGACAGCUACUCUUUUGUGGCCGCGCACCUGACUGUGUUGUACUUUAAAAAAAAUCCUUUUUUUAACAAGUGCAGAAAACAAACAAACAAACAAAGAUACUGGUUGCAUUGUAACUCAUGCAACAUCCUUUUUUUUAAGAAAAGAAAAACACAGAUUUGGCCUUCACACGUUUUUUGCAAAGAACAGAAGGUAUUUUUUUUCUGUAGUGUGAUCACAAUGAAAACUUUAUUGUCUUUUGUUCCCUUUUUCCUCAAGGAAUUUUCCUUGUUGUUUGGGGUACACUUCUCCUCUCUGAGACGCAUCUCCUGGGGUGUGUCCUUGUCUGUCCUUAGGUACCUAGUGUGAUGUGAGACAUGAGUGUCUGUGCUAACUUGUCUCAUGUGCAACCCUUUCUUCCAUGGGGGUCGGGCAGGAGUGAGGGGUGUGGAGAGUGAUGGGCCAGUACCAAACUUUCGAGGGGGCCUGGAAGGAGGGUCUGCAGGACCUGAGGAUUUUGGCUGAGCUCCCACAGAUGAGUGGUGGCUUUUUACUGUGUUCCAUGCCUCCAGAGGACCACAGAUGACUUCGUCUUGCUCUGGGGAAUUUCAUGAUGUCAUUCAGCACCUUUUUCAAGCUGCCCCAAACUCCUGUCCAAGCUUUAUAUUUUGAUGCUAAAUGAAACCCCCUACCCCUUUUGCAAAUCCUGUGUAAUUGUCAGUGCCACCCCCAUGCUGGGAUGGAGAAGGUGUCUCCCAGGUCCUUUCCCCCAGUCUGGUAAUAGAACAUCCUGGGGCUAAGAGCCCAAUCCUUCCCAAGAGGCCAAGGCACCCAGGAUGUCUGUGGUUGGUUGGUCCUCCCAUGAUGUUCCUUAUUCAUCACCUCCUCUCUCCCAAAGUCAGAUGUGAGAACCAGCACUGCAUGGCAAGCCCUCACUGUGGAAACCAUGUCCAGGGAGGGGAAGGCCACCCACGGCAAAAGGAUGGCAGAGGUGGCAAGGGUACCAGCCUGCCUUCCCAGGUGAAGCCCUCUCCCCAUGACUUUGGGUAUCUUCCCUCCACUGCUCAGCUGCCACCACUGAGAAAUAGGAGUGUGGAGAGAGGUGCUUGGUGGCCUUUGAUUCUGGAAAGAUGCUUAAAAAAAAGUCAGCCAAAGAGAGGAAGACAUGAGCCAAGCAUCCUUCUAACCAGCUCCUGAAGGCUCCUCUGCCUCCCACAUACGGGCUAAUUGCAGAGCUGGGACGCAGCAGGAUAGGCUUUCAGGAAAUUCCUUCUGUGAAGUUCUUCUAAAACAGCUUCCCCUCUGGAGGAGGCCAACCAGGGUUUUAAAGAAAAAUUAAGAAGAAAGGAGGAAAGAGCUAAUUUGGUGCAGCCUGAAAGUGUCAUCCAACCCCAUCAGGACUGGGGGCAGUUCCUGAGGCUGGUGCCCAUGGAUCUAGGAGGCCAGGCUACCACUGUCCCUGCGAAGACCUAUGCCUGAGGUCAUUGGGAAGAGGUGUAAGCCCUCUCAGGAGCAGGUACAACCCACACCUGGAGGGCAUGCCCAGAGAGAGGCAGCAGCCACAGGCCGGUGGAAGCAUUGAGGGGAAAGGAGAGGGGCAGCAAGAGCCUGGAGCUCCUUGCUCCUGGUUCAUGUGCCUAAUUACCAUCGUCAUUACCACUCACAGGAGGCUCUGAGGGACAAGGAGGGGAAGCCAAAUGCUUCCUUUUGAGCUGGGCUUCUUAGAAAAUGGGACUUUUAUGGGUUACAUUUACAUUAAGUGUGGAAAAUGAAUUCUGAGUCUGAGCUAUUCCCCGUGGAAACCUUGUUGGACUGAUAAGCUCAUGGCACCUUUAUAGCCUUACAGAGUCUUCAGAAUAUUACACGAGUUAAUGAAACCAAGAAGGUCUCUUACUGCAUGAGAAUUGGAGCAGCGUGUAGUCUGGGUUCUGCCUUGCAGAGGGAAGUAUCCAGAGCUUCUCGGGAGAGGAGGUUUCGCCUUACGUCAUCCCACUGGGAUUAGAAGAUGUGUUUCGCUAAGUGCUCUUCUUGUUUCCAAAAAAAGUCUCGCUGCUGCAACAGCGCUCCUUGGCCCAUCUGUCCACUGGUCCCAGUGCCUCUGGGUCCAGAGCUCCAAUGAGUCAGAUGUAGUGCUCCUUGGGCCCACUGUGCACGGUGGGAGCUGGGGUGGGCUCCCAUCCAGCAGGAUCGUUCUUAGAUGAGAUGGAAAACAGUUUGGCCUGAAGAACACAAGUUUUUUAUCCAAAAUAGACUUACACCUCUCAGAGUGUACUCUUGAUAUAAGGGGUCUUUGGGCAAAGCUCUCCUGCCCAUUGGCCUAGUUGAUCAGUUCCAUCCUGGCUGCCUGACAUCAGUCAAGACCUGCUGGGGACAUCUACUUGGAGGUCAGAGACAGCAUGAGGGCCAAGGGAAUCAUCUCCCUGCACCUCUUGCACCCUCUGCCCCUCCACCACUCCCCCACCAAAGUAAUAGUGUGGACUUUUAAAGAUCAAAAACACCGAGAAUUGUUGAGCGUUCCUUUUCUUUAAACGAAUGAUGUUAUACUUUUUCUGGGCAACAUACCACCAAGGAGGCCCAGCUUCUGUGCGGGGAAAAGUUGAAGCACCCCCAAGCUUUAGAGAAAGGAUCUCAGGUGUGGGGUAGGCAGCACUCUGCACCUCAGUUUCACUUCAGUGCUGUUGCCAUUGGAGACGGUGCUUCUGGCCUUGGCACUUUUGAGUUGGUUUCCAUUCGGGCUGGCAGAUGACUCAGUGCCUCCCCUCGCAGUCUGUCCUCCUGCUCAGACCAGCAGUCCCAAUCUCACAGCAAAAGUGGGUGUUAAGGCAUAAGCUAGAGUUGCCUGUGCCUGCUGAGUGGCCUCUAGGCAUCAAAUCCUUUCCUUGAGGGCACCUGCCCUUUGGGCACUAACCAACCAAAAUAUGUCCACUCCUUGGAGUGACCAGCACCCCCUCACUGGCCCAGGUCCAUGAUUCUGCAGGAUGUCGGCUUCUGACCCUAGAAAAAGGUUUAUUUGGGAAGAGUUCCUGCCUUCUUCCCUACCCUACACAGCUACCAUCAGCCCCUCAUCCUCAGCCCCUCUGCCAUCACCUUAAAUAGGACUUGAGUUGAUUCCCCAGCUUUGUUUUUAUAGGAUGAGAUUUUGUUUUCACCCACCCUUCAGAUAGACAAUGUUGGAGGGCAGAGCUAUGAUGACAGGAAGAGAGGAAGUAACUCCACAGCACAUGACAACCUCUGUUGGCCCCUGAUGCUUAUCUCAGAACUGUUGGCGAGAACUAACCCACGGAACAAACCAGUGCCUGAUUUCUACCCGGGGAUGGAGGAUUUGAAACAAUCCCUAAGAUAUUGACCAGAGCAUGAGAAAGGCCAGAGGGUAUGCUUUUAUAUAAUCAGGAUGGGGUGGGGCUGGGAGCAGAAAGUGACGGUGAGACAAGGAAGGUGAGUGAGUAAAACUGGGCAGUGUUUUUAUAGACACAUAACAAGGAAUCAGAUUUAUUUUAAAAAAAAAGUAAAAGACCUUUUCAACUGUGACUUUUAAGUACCGCCUUUAUAGACGGUAGGGGUCUCCAUCAUGCAAAGAAAGAUGAGGCUUUCGAUGUGAAAUCUUGGAAUGCAGUUCCAGAGCUGCAGCCUUGCAUUUGUGGUAGCCAUGUGGUGAGGGUAGUGAUGCUGACCUUGGUGCCCAGGAGGAGGGAGCUUGCCAGGCCUCAGCAGGGUCCCCAGCUUUGGGGUUUGAUCUCCCAGUGCUCAAAGUCAAAUCUAUUCUCCAUUGACUGCAACCACCAAACCCAGGCUGUGAUUUCUAGUCCUGAACUGGGGCCGCCUCCUGAGGGGCCCCAGAAAGAACCCAUUCUCUUCUUUCUCUUGGGAUCCUUGUUAGGACUAAACACCUGCAAUUUAAGGCUCAUAAUUCCCAGCUAGGUUUAUACACUUGUCUAUAUUUUAUUGGAGGAGAGGCAAUUAAAAGAAAGAACUCUGUAGUUCAAGGCCCUUUCAUUUAACCUUCAAAAAACAGCAAACUCAUUUUAAAGACUCAUUGCUCAGGUGAUAGAAACUUUAUCCUCUCCAACCUUUACAUUCUCAAAAACCGGCCUUGUAUACUUGACUGCCCCAGACAGCAGUGAGCUCUUAGGUUUCAUCAUGAAUGUGGAAGAUCAGAGUUGGGGGAGGCCUGGGUGGGGCCAAUGUUGGGUUUCUUACCCUCUCUGGAAUGCCAAAGGCAUGAUACUGGGCGACCUCUUGGUCCCCAAGAACACGUGCUUGAUUCUGAGGGCAAACUGCCAAUGGAGAGCCAACCUUCGUGCAGGCUCAGCUACCCCGGCAGAAGCUGAGUCACAGAUGUCUGGUGGUGCCCGGCAGCCCUGGAUUCACCCAACACCGGAAUCCCACUUUUCUAAACCUGCCUGUUUUUGAAGACUUCUGAACCCGCAGCUUUGGCAAAAGGACUCUCCAAGCUGCCUCUGGACGACCAACACUGGAGACUCUGGCCUUACCAUGUGGAACUAGUUUUCCUGAAGUCUGGAACUAAUUUUGAGAAGUUUUUUUCUCAACACUUUUGUGUUUCUAACACUGUAUUCUUGACUGUGUAAAUACCGACAAGGCUGUAAAUAAAUGCAGAUGUAGAUACCUUCUAGAAAAAAAAAAAGGCAUAAAAACAAAACCAGAAGUGAUCCUGUGUAGCCUUCGUUGACAAAUAAAAGAAUAUUUUGUGUUUAAAUGUGUUUGGUGGCCUGUGAUUGGAGAGUAGGGGCUGCCUGGGCCUGUCUCUGAGUUUGCACCUGUAGAU